UACGAAAUUUAAUAAUUUCAGCUGUCUAACUAGAAUUGCGUAUUACAGCUGACCUUGACAAUAAUCAAAGUAAUUAUAACCGGACUUUGGCGCCGCAGUAAAUCUUUAAAUCCAAUUGUACAAGAUGUGCAUGGCUUUGUGGGAGUGUAUCAAAUGUCCAGCAAAGGUUGUGUGUUGCUGUUUUUCUUGCGCGUUGAAUGUGCUUUUUGGCAUACUUUGUUCCGUUGUUGGAUUAGUUAUCAUUAUUGGACUGAUUGUAUACUUCACGGUGUUUUACAACAACGAUAGUCCCAGUAGCAGUGAACAAAAAUUGCAGGAAGUCAUCACCGCAGCGCCGUUAACGUUUCGCGGUUAUUUCAAGCAACAACAAUGACAAAUUUGAAUUUUAGUAAAUGCUUUUUGUUAAAAUAACUAUUUUAUAUUUCUAAUA